GAUUGUAUCACAAAAAUACCGACCGACCUUCUGUGAUUCUCUUAUCUUUUUUCUCCUCCACCGUCGUUGGCUACUUCCGGCGACUCCUUACCUGUACCCAUCAAAAACUGACACCCACAAGCGUCCAUUUUUCUCAUUUUUAAUCAAAUGUUUUAAUUGGUCGUUGUCGUUGUCGGUGGCUGUUAAAUGUCGUGAAGAUUAAUAUUUCUUUAAUGCCGAUCGAGGGUGUUUUUGGAUUCAUGAUUUCCCAAAUGGGUUAUUGAAAAUCACAGGGUUUUGUAGGAAGGAAAGAAAUCUUGGUCCAUAUUUCCCUGAGAUUUAAUUAAGACUUGUAAAUGUUGUUUCGAUUUUUGGUAGGUAACUCUGCAAUUGAAUUCUAGUUGGAUCGGCCUUGAUUUCCCUUCAUGUAUUUAGAAAUUCUUGGAUCUUGAAACCCAUUAUCGGUUAUUGGAUUCCUUUCUUUAUCAAUUCAGAUCCUUCCUUUUUGCCAAAAGAUAAAUUUUUAGGGUUUUUGUAGUGGAUGAAUGGAAGAGAUAUGUACAGGGUAGAGGAUAAAGAUAAGAAAAGGAGGUUUGGAAUUGGAAUUGGAUUUGGGAUUGGAAUUGGAAUUGGAAUUGGAAUCGGAAGGAUGGGAUGGAAGUCAUUAGGAGAAGGUCGAGUAGAAAAGUUUAAGGCUAAUGCAAGAUCUCCAAAAAUGAAGCUAUGGAUAAUUAGGGCUACAACAAUGGUGCUAUUGUGGACUUGUUUGGUUCAGUUAACAGCAUUAGGUGAUACAUGGGGUCCUAGGGUUUUGAAAGGUUGGCCUUCUUCUUUCACUCAAGAUUCCCAUUCUGCUACUGCUUUAGAUGUCAAGUUUCUACCCACUGCUCCUGCUAGAGUUCUUCCACCCAAGAGGGUUUAUCAAAACAAUGGUUACCUAAUGGUUUCAUGUAACGGAGGACUCAAUCAAAUGCGCUCUGCAAUUUGUGAUAUGGUUGCUAUCGCAAGAUUUUUGAACGUUACUCUUAUAGUUCCGGAGCUGGAUAAAACUUCUUUCUGGGCUGAUCCAAGUGAGUUUGAGGACAUUUUUGACGUGAAUCAUUUCAUUACGUCCUUGAGAGACGAGGUCCGGAUACUGAAACAGCUUCCUCCGAGACUUAAAAAGAGAGUGGAAUCGGGAAUCGUGCAUACAAUGCCUCCUGUUAGCUGGUCCGAUAUUUCUUAUUAUCAUAACCAGAUUCUUCCUUUGAUUAAAAAACACAAAGUUGUGCAUUUGAAUAGAACCGAUGCUCGGCUUGCCAAUAACGGUCAGCCUCUAGAACUUCAGAAGCUCAGAUGCCGAGUAAAUUUCAACGCUUUAAGAUUCACUCCUCAGAUAGAAUACUUGGGUAGACGUGUUGUACAGCUUUUGAGACGAAACGGGCCGUUUUUAGUGCUUCAUCUCAGAUACGAAAUGGAUAUGUUAGCGUUUUCUGGAUGUACUCAAGGAUGCAAAACGGAUGAGGUGGAAGAGUUGACCAGGAUGAGAUAUGCAUACCCAUGGUGGAAAGAAAAGAUUAUAAACUCCGAGUUGAAAAGGAAAGACGGUUUAUGCCCUUUGACUCCCGAGGAAACUGCCCUUACGUUAAGGGCACUGAACAUUGAUAGCGACAUCCAGAUUUACGUUGCUGCUGGUGAAAUAUACGGAGGUCAAAGGAGAAUGGCGGGUCUUGCGUCCGCUUUUCCUAAGCUGGUAAGAAAAGAGACUCUAUUAGGAGCAGAUGACCUUCAAUUUUUCCAGAACCAUUCGUCACAAAUGGCGGCAUUGGACUAUUUGGUAUCGUUAGAAAGCGACAUAUUUAUCCCUACCUAUGACGGGAACAUGGCCAAAGUGGUAGAAGGCCAUCGAAGAUAUUUGGGGUUCAAGAAGACGAUAUUAUUGGAUAGAAAGCUUGUUGUUGAGUUAAUAGAUCGAUAUACGAGUGGAUCAUUGAGUUGGGACGAGUUCUCAGGAGCCGUUAAGGCUGCACAUACAGCAGCACGAAUGGGGAGCCCGAAGAAAAGAGUGGUUCUUCCAGAGAGACCAAAAGAAGAAGAUUACUUCUAUGCCAAUCCAGAAGAAUGCCUGCAGCCAUUAGAGAGUGAACCUUUGAGCAUCCUAAGAUGAGGGCCUUUGAGGGUUGGGAUCUUUAUCUAUAAAAAGCGGGUGAAGCUGGUGCAGCGGCCACGGCUCAAUGGUGCACGAUACGGGUCUAUUUGGAUAUCGAGGGUGGUGGGAGACAUCGAUGUCGAAAGGGUUAUGAUCUUGGUAGGGGUUGAGGUGAGAUUGGGGGGUUAUUAUGAGUAUGUUUCUUUAUUUUGACAUAUUAUUGGUAAUAAUGGUAAUUGAUGUAUAGGAAGGUGCCCUGGCAUUGCAGGGUUAUAUAAACCACUCAUAUGUACACGUCUAUUCCAAAUGUCAUAGAUUCGUUU